UGUCAACCAGGUCCUUCUGACUGAUACAAGCGUGUACAAAUGCAGCGGUCCUUGCAAGAACCGAAGCUGGGGUGGCUCAGUCUUUCUUAAAUCGACCAUACAGGAUGCGACCCAGUCUCGUCGCGUGCAUGGGCGUGCUCAAUCUGGGAAGGGACUUAUUGGCAGCUUAUGCCCCUCUACCUUACACGGAUCCGUGGCAUUGGACUUUGUACAUCCGGUUAUCGUUGGAAGGUCACCUUCUCACGGCCCCUAAUAUGUCGUUUUCCAAUAGCAGCCGCAACAUACAGCUCCGCGGCUUAUUGCUACAGGCUGAGUGUAAAACGUAUAGCCAAGCUUAUCGCCGCUCAGAAAUUCUCCUUUCGGAUCUCUUUGUGACUGUUAAUGGCAAACUACACUACAAGUCGGAUCUCGAAGUCGGCGAACAACUUGACGAUACCGCAGACUUGCACCUCGAGGGUCACAGCGUCGAAUCCUAUAGCGAAGAUGAGGACGUCUAGCGGGUAAUCCACGCCAUCGGUCGUCUUCGAUCCAGG